UUACAUCCUGACACACCUGACCCCAUUGCGGCGCCUCUGGACGACAUGGCGGUGGUGAGGAUGGGGCCCAAGGAGCACGGUCGGGAGGCGGUUCUCGAUGCUGUGAUCACUCCUAGUAUCUCCUACACACAGCUUCGUCGGAUCGACCCGAGCCUGAGCCAGCGCACGAGCCAGCCAGUGACUAGUACACAGUCCCUCUUUCAGGAGCAACAAUCUGCCUACAUGGAGUACACACGCCAGGAGACCAUGGCGUGGCAUCAGAGGCUUUAUGAACACCAAGUGCAGAGGGAUAGCCAGAUGCAGCAGGCUUUUCAGGAUAUGGCGGCCGGCAGGUGUCCUCAGUUCCCUACAGCACAAUGCCCUCCAGCACAACCAGUGCUGAUGAGCUUUGAGGAGUUUGUGGCACAGAACGCUGGCCCCUCGCCGGGAACAGGUGGAUCUACCGUUGGCGGUGGUCUUCGCAGCACUCCGGAGACACGGAGCCCGACCACUCCGAUCCACGGAGGCGGAGGCGGAGGAGGAGGCGGUCUUGGCGGUAGCGCUGCCGCUAGCAGUGACGACCUGGGCUUCGGCGGUCUGGCGGUGACGACCUCCCGUGGUUGCUCGACGUCCGGCGCUAAGCCUUUGGGUCACAUGUGGCGGUCUUGGUGGUGA